GCGAGGGAAGGCGGCUGCGAGGAGAGAGGCAUUUCCCUUGCUGCAAGGGAUGCAGACACCACGGCCCUGGGAAUUAGAGCUCUCACCGCUGCAACCCUUUCCGCCGGGAUGGGACGCUAGGAUCGUUUUCUUUCUACUUCUCGCUCUUUUUAAUUUUUCAUCCUUUUUUUUUUUCUUAAAUUUUAAAUUUUUUUCCCCUCGCCGUUUCGCAUCAUUUCUCUGACCAGAAAAUCCCCCCCAACAUGGAGGCCCUUUGAUGCCUCUGCCAGCGGAGCCGGCUGCUCCCGCGGCUCUGGGAAGCCCUCCGGGCCGUGCCCCGGUUCUCCGAGGGCCGCCCCGGGCGCUGAGAGGGGCUACCCGCCGCCCGGCCCGCUCCUGCCCCGCGGCGCUGCGCCGGGAGCCCGCGCCCCGCCGGGCGGGAUGCCGCUGCGGCGGCCGGGGAGCCCCGCUGCCGCCUGACGGGGGGCGCUUCCUUCCGACGGCGGGACCCUGCAUGUCACCCCCGCGGCGGCCGCCCGUCCGCGACGGAGGCGGUGCGGGACAUGCCCAGCGCGGCGUGAGGGGCGCAGCCGGCUCCUGGGGGCGGCGGGGCGAUUUCCCAUUAUUAUUGUUAUUUUUUUAAUUAUUUAUUUUGGCCCCAAAGCACACCCCCGGCACAGCGCGGCGCCGAGCGGGACCGCGAGGAGUAAGCGCCGCUUGGCGGGGAGCGCGGAAGACCGAGGUGGGGAGCGGCCCCGCCGGCCCCGGGUUAAUCGGUAACGCUGUGCAAACCCAGGUGGAAAAUGCGCCCUGCUCCGGACUAGGAGGGAGGAGAUGGUGCAGUGCCCCCGGCCGCUCUGAGCGCCGAGCCGAGAAGACGCUGGGCUCCCCAGCCCACUGCUGUGAUUGAGAUAAAAGGACCCGUUUCCUGGAGGACGAGGAGAACAGACACGUUUCUGGUGGUGUAGAAGGGACCGAUGGCAAUGCUUCAGAGUGUAGCGGAGACGCAGGAAAGAGCAGCAAGGCAACCCCGUCCCAGGAUUAUUCAUUAAAUGCUACAACACAUCCACUUAUGAGGUGAGGACUAAUUCCUCUAAGAAAGACAAGAGGGAGAACAGCCAGAGCAUGGAGGCAGAGGCCCAGACCAGCAGAUCCAGUGUUAAGGCACCAGUAACGGAUGUGCAGUUUGGCCCUAUGAGACUUCAUCAAGAUCAACUUCAGGUACUUUUAGUAUUUGCCAAAGAAGAUGACCAGAGUAACGGGUUCCGUUGGGCAUGUGAGAAAGCUGGAUUUCGGUGUAAUAUUACCAGGACACCUGAAUCUGCACUAGAAUGUUUUCUUGAUAAACAUCAUGACAUUAUCAUUAUUGACCAUAGACAUUCCAGAUACUUUGAUGCAGAAGCAUUAUGCAGGUCUAUCAGAAGAACAAAACCCUCGGAAAAUACAGUCAUUAUUGGUGUAGUACAAAGGCAUGCUGAUCGUGAAGAGUCAUCAAUAUUGCCCCUGAUCUCUGCUGGCUUCACAAGGAGAUAUGUAGAAAAUUCUAAUAUAAUGGCCUGUUACAAUGAGUUGAUUCAGCUGGAAUUUGGACAGGUGCAGGCACAAUUCAAACUAAGGGCAUGUAAUUCGUUAUUUACGGCAUUAGAGAAAAGUCAAGAAGCCAUUGAGAUCACAAGUGAAGACCAUGUCAUACAGUACGUCAAUCCUGCUUUUGAAACAAUGAUGGGCUAUCAAAUAGGUGAACUAAUAGAAAAGGAAUUAACAGAAGUGCCUAUAAAUGAAAAAAAAGCUGAUUUCCUAGAUACUAUUAAUUCCUGCAUAAAGAUAGGAAAGGAAUGGCAAGGAAUGUACUAUGCGAAAAAGAAAAACGGAGAUAGCAUACAACAAAAUGUGAAGAUACUACCUGUCAUUGGACAGGGAGGAAAGAUUAGACACUAUGUGUCAAUUAGUAGACUGUGCAAUGACAACAAUAAGGUGGAGAAGACAUGUGAAUGUAUUCAGGCUGAAUCUCAGACAGAUACUCAGACUUGCAGACACAAAGACACGAGGAAAGGAUCACUAGAUGUCAGAUCCACAACAUCACGAGGGAGUGACGGCAGCUCACAAAGGCGGCGCUCUUCUAUGGCCAGGGUACAUUCCAUGACUAUUGAAGCACCCAUCACCAAGGUAAUAAACAUCAUCAAUGCUGCACAAGAAAGCAGUCCCAUGCCAGUUGCAGAAGCUUUAGACCGGGCUUUGGAGAUUUUAAGAACCACUGAACUGUACUCUCCACAACUGGGGACAAAAGAUGAGGAUCCACAUACAAGUGACCUCGUGGGAGGGUUAAUGACAGAUGGUUUACGAAGAUUAUCAGGGAACGAAUACAUACUGUCAACAAAGCAAACUCAUCAGGUCGCUGGCAGUUUGAGCUCUCCAAUCUCCCUCAAUGACAUACCCCCACGGAUAACACAGGCCAUGGAAAAUGAAGAACAGUGGGACUUUAAUAUCUUUGAACUUGAGGCUGCCACCCAUAAAAGGCCUUUGGUGUAUCUGGGUCUCAAAAUAUUUGCUCGCUUUGGAAUCUGUGAAUUCCUAAACUGUUCAGAAUCAACUCUGAGGUCAUGGUUACAAGUUAUUGAAGCUAACUACCAUUCCUCCAACUCCUACCAUAAUUCUACUCAUUCAGCAGAUGUACUACAUGCCACUGCUUAUUUCUUGUCUAAAGAAAGAGUAAAGCAAACUUUGGAUCCAAUUGAUGAGGUUGCCGCACUCAUUGCUGCCACAGUCCACGACGUGGAUCACCCAGGAAGAACAAAUUCUUUCCUGUGCAACGCUGGCAGUGAGCUGGCAAUUCUCUACAAUGACACUGCAGUGCUGGAGAGCCAUCAUGCUGCCUUGGCUUUCCAGCUCACCACCCGGGAUGGCAAAUGCAAUAUAUUUAAAAACAUGGAGAGGAAUGAGUAUCGAACCCUUCGCCAAGUCAUUAUUGACAUGGUCUUAGCAACAGAAAUGACAAAGCACUUUGAGCAUGUCAACAAGUUUGUCAACAGCAUUAAUAAACCCUUGGCAGCGCUAGAAGAAAAUGGGAAUAAUGGUGAUGGAGAGUCAAUCAAAACUGUUCUCGGGUCUCCUGAAAACCGUAUCCUUAUCAAACGCAUGUUGAUAAAGUGUGCUGACAUUUCCAAUCCAUGCAGACCCAUAGAACAGUGCAUAGAGUGGGCUGGACGCAUCUCUGAGGAGUACUUUGCGCAGACUGAUGAAGAGAGGCGGCAAGGUUUACCUGUUGUGAUGCCAGUUUUUGACAGAAAUACUUGCAGCAUCCCCAAAUCCCAAUUAUCAUUCAUUGAUUACUUCAUUAUUGAUAUGUUUCAUGCCUGGGAUGAAUUUGCAGACCUGCCAAAUUUGAUGGAGCAUCUGAAUAAUAACAUUAAAUACUGGAAAGGACUAGAUGGAAGGAGUCUGCGGGGCCUUCGACCACCACCAGAAUAGCAGUUAGACCAUGGUGUGUAAUUUACUAACCAGAUGCGUAUUUAUUCAAGAUCACUUUUAUUCAUAUGAUUUCAGAUUUGUUUUGGUCUCUUCAGUAUUACAGUAAGGCUAGCCCAUGCGCUUGGGGAACUUUUGAAUUCAUGUGAACGUGAGGUGAGCAGUUGACUUCCACAAACUACCAUGUGUGGACUCCAAUGAAAUAAGCCCAAGUGGAAUUACACUGGAUUGCUACAGUACUUGUACUGCAGAGGGUUUAUUAAUCAACAUAUUCUUGCGAUAUCUUCAUACCAGUAUGUGAAGCUGGGAGACCCUGAAGAAUCCUCAUAAAAAGGACAUUCACUAGAAGAUUGUCUAUCUAUUAAUAGAGACUCACAGCUUUUCUGAGAAAGCUACAUGCUUUUUAUAAGCACUUAAGACAGUUACGUAGAACAAUCAGACAUUUCAAAUGCAACUGUCUAUGAAAGAAUUUUUGAUCUAUGAGAAAUAGAUGUACUGUAUUUUUUCACAUCACAGAAGGUGCAAUCAUUCACUUCUGAGCACUACUGAAAGUGAGUUCUCUUUAAGAAAUUUAGUAGCAAAUGUAAAAAAUAACACAAGAAUUUUUGAGGUUGAUCGUUAGCAUCUAUGAUUAAAAUGUUAUGGUUUAUUUAUUUUGUUAGAUGUUCAAUAUUUUCUAUGAAUUUAUAAAUACUUAAAAGCCAAAGCCAACUUUAGAUGCAUUAUAAAUUUACAUGAUUCAUACUCAUUAAUAUACAUUUAAUUGAUGUACAGACCUUUUAUUUUCAUAAUGCAAAUACAAAAUACUAUACAAUGAUACAUUUUUAUUGCACUGUAAGGAUAGAUGUGUAUGUUUAAAUAUUGUCUGAUUUAUGUUAAUUAAAAUAAGUUUUAUUGAAAAGGUCUCACUUGAGAAUAGUAGAAUAAACAAGAAAUGUAUACUGUCUGAGCACCAGAACUGCAGUGGUUCUCCCACAAACCAGUGACGACCACCUGAUCUUCCCUUGGCUGCAAAAAUAAUAAUAUGUUGGAACUUGUUGUUUUCUCCCAUGAAAUUUUAUGACUGAAUUCCAUGUCAAAGUCUGCCUUAUUUUAUAUAGUAUUUCUACAAAGCAUUCCACAGCAUAUAUGAGGAGGUAAUACUAAACGUCUAAUGAAUUUCAACAUUUUAUAGCCUAUGUAUUUUCCUCUGCCAUGAAAGAAACAGAACAUAAAACCACCAACAAAAACCUUUAACUCGAGAAGUUUGUAAAGGCUGUGUACCUUCACAAUUUGAAUGAAACCUUCAUAGCAAACACCAGAAAAUAAUAAAAUGUAUAUUUUAAGAAG